AUUACAUUUCAUCUUACCAUGUGUUAGCAGGAGCCGUAUGUUUGCUCGACGAUAGACGUUUCACACAUUUUUAGUUGCACGUUUUCAUCGAAUGUAAUUGCUCUUCGGCAAUGAUUCGUGUUUAUCGCGUAUCCUGAAUAUGCACGCGCCGUGGUAGUGAACAGUGAAGGAUGGCGGGAACUCGAAAAGAGAAUAAGAAAACCCGCACAACUAUCAGUAGCAAGGCAGGUGUGAUAUUUCCUGUAGCAAGACUGAGACGGUAUCUCAAAAAAGGAAGGUACUCGCAGAGGACGGCAGUUUCGGCAGGGAUUUAUCUAGCAGCAGUGUUGGAAUACUUAACGGCAGAAAUUAUGGAGUUGGCUGGUAAUGCUGCUCAGGACUACAAGAAGAAAACUGUAGGACCAAGGCAUAUAAUGCUCGGUGUGCGAAAUGACACCGAACUUGAUCAACUUCUCCGCAAAGUGACUAUUUCACGGGGAGGGGUCAUACCCCAUAUUCACCCUGUGCUCAUACCGAAAAAAUGAACGGACAAUAUUUGAUUUGCAUGCCGCAAUCAGAUUAUUGCGAUUGCGAUUACGCAUGUGGCUUUAUUAUUGAAUCUCGUACACUGGUGGAUUUAUUGUAUUUGAUAUAUGGGUGAACUGCAUCACUGAUUUUGUACUUAGUUACCAAACAAGUAAUGACAAUUAUCAAAGUAUUCAAAUAAAUAUUUUGAACAU